AUGGUUGUCGAAAUCGAGAAGUUUUUUGGAUGUUACCUGUUAUACUGUACGAAUCCAAAGUAUAAAGGCCGCACGUAUAUUGGUUAUACCGUGGACCCUAGGAGGAGGAUUACACAACACAAUAAAGGCAGCAAGUUUGGGGGAGCGUGUAGAACCAGCGGAAAGGGACCAUGGGAGAUGGUUUUAAUCAUUCAUGGUUUUCCUAAUAACAUAUCAGCACUGCGGGAAGGUGACCCUAGUUUAGAGUGUGUGCAUCCCGGCUGUACUCUUAUAUGUCAUACAGUGUGCCUGGCCAAGAAAUUUGUUAAACAUACAGAUUACCUGGUUCCAGUGGAGGGAAAAUGUCCCAAAUGCAAAAACAUGGUGCUGUGGGGAGAUUUGAUACGGAAAAGCCAUGGUUGCUAUGGCAGCAUAGUGAGCGAUUCACAAGAUGAUGGAGAUGGUGACUGGGCAGAGCUGAAUGUUUGAUAGUUGCUUCCACUCCAGAAUAUCGACAAAUGAUUGACAUUCUUCAUGGAGCGUUGAAGUGAAGCUUCAAAUUUAAGUGACUGUGAUGGAUAAUCUUGGAUAUGCUAAUAAACUGAAAGCAACGAUUAUUUAAAGAAACAAUACCACGUGCAUUAUCAUCUGUUUUGUUGUGUGUGCACAAAAUAGCUGUACUAUCAGGACUAGAUGGUGUCAACAUUUCAAGAUGGACAGUCAGUUUGAUGUUACUAUGGAAGUAAAUAACGACUCAGCCUA